UUAAAAAUUUGGCCAUAUUAGAAGGAAUGCAACCCCCGAAGAACUCACAGUACCAAAUCGUACAUUCUGCUAGAAGGAGCUCAGGCUUAACAGACAGUGAACUCCUUAGUUGCGGCAUCUAUUCAACAUGAAUCAAUCUAUCUUUUUCGUCACUCUUGCCUACUUUCUGGCCUUAACCUUGACCGUCAAUGGCAUGCCUCAAGCCCGUCAAAAUGGAGCGACGAUUGAAGUGACCCCGGUGGGCAACCUUGUGCGCACUCAACAUCGCGUUAGUGGAGAGUUGUACAUCUUCAAUCAGACCCUUCUCAUUUUGGACAAUUUCACCUUCGAUGGCUUGGGCGCUGGUGUUUACAUCAAUAUCGCUACCAAGGGAAAUAACCGUCGGCAAUACAUUCAGAACCGCGAGAUCGUGAACUAUCCGUCUUUGGAGGAUAACACCCCCAUUGAAAGGUCGUACCAGAAGGAGCGUCUCAUCAUCUCUUUGCCUCAGGGCGUUCAAGCCAAGGACAUCAAGUGGCUUUCCAUUUGGUGCGAAAUCUUCGGAGUCAGCUUCGGAGAAGUCACCUUCCCCAAUGAAGUGUAGAGUACCUGCAAGACCCUGACAUAACGUACAUAAUUAUUUAUUGUUGUUUUCAAUAAAUCAAUGUCUACUUUUCAAAGAAAAAGAAACUCAAAA